GGCUUGGGGGUAGAAGUUUCGUGGUGGGUUUUUCGUGCUGUAACUUGAUUUCCUUGAGACAUCCAUUUUACACGAGCCUGCUAGUCCGAGACUGAGGCUGCCUCUGUCUUUUAUGCCUUUGUCGGCACUCAGUACAACUGCCUCAAGCUUUCCUACCUCCAUGGUAACGGCAUCUGGGUACAGGAAUUCUAGUGAACACAAGUGACUAUCGCUAGGACCCAGUCAGGGAUUUACUUAAAAUCAGUCGAAUUGAUCCUGCGCCGUUGCCUCAUUGGACAGGCGCGUUUUUUCUUUCUUUCUGAAAACAACCAAACUGCACAAAAUUCCAGUACACUAAAACUGAUUUCUGGUUCCUUCGUAUUGAAAGAUUGUCAGGUUAUGGCAUUUCUAACAGCAGACUUUAAUGCCAAUCCCUGAAAUUGCACCGAGUUAUCAAUUGGAGAGCAGCUUUCACUGAAACAGACAGCUCACUUGGAAGGACUUGAACUCCUAGAAUUCGCCAGCCACGUGAAUGGAUAAUCUAUCUGGCACUAUGAUGUGUCAGGGCAGAAGAGUCCUGCUCGCAUGGAUAAGUCUGAGCCUGUUUGUGAGUUUUCAUACAGUCGAAGGCGACAGAGAGAGCCUCUUCCAGCUUAAUACUAGGUAUGGUAAGCUGGAGGGCAGACUGGUCAGAGUGAGAGAGAGCCAGACGAAGGUGGCUGCCUACCUGGGGAUCCCCUUCGCUGAGCCCCCUGUCGGGCCCUUGAGGUUCCAGGCCCCCAAACCUCCCCGGGUGUGGCAGGGACUGAGAGACGCCAAGGCUUACCCCCCACUGUGUCUGCAGAACAUGAACCACACUAGACGAAUGGGGGACCUGUACAGAGGUCGGUUCCCUGUCCUAACCACCUCAGAGGACUGCCUUUACCUGAACAUCUACACACCAGUCAAACCUGGGGACCCAAGGAAACUACCAGUGAUGAUUUGGAUCCAUGGUGGUGGCUUCCUCAUGGGAGGGGCUUCACUCUAUGAUGGCUCCUCAUUGGCUGCCUUCGGGGACGUUGUGGUGGUCAUCCUUCAAUACCGUCUGGGUAUCCCAGGGUUCCUCAGCACUGGGGAUGGCCAGUACCCUGGGAAUGUGGGUAUUCUGGACCAGGUGUGUGCCCUGCGCUGGGUGCAGGAGACCAUCAGCAGUUUCGGGGGAGACCCAGGAUCUGUCACCAUUUUCGGAGAGUCUGCUGGUGGUGUUGCCGUCUAUUUACAUAUGAUGUCCCCUCUGUCAUCAGGACUGUUCCACAAGGCCAUCAGUCAGAGUGGAGUACCCCUCAUUUCUCUGUUCAUCCAGGAUGACCCCAAACCUGCUGCACAGCUGGUGGCACAGAGAGCAGGAUGUCCCAGUGAUGACUCUGCAGAGCUCAUGACCUGCCUCAGUACCCUCAGCCCACAGGACAUAGAGGCGGCUACACCUGCACUGGGGGAGAUGGUUCUGUCUGUGCACAGGGAUGGAACAGUCAUCCCUACCAAUCUGGAGGAAGUCCUGCAGACCAAGAGCUUCCUGGGCUUCCCCAGCAUCAUGGGGGUCAACAACCAUGAGUAUGGAUGGAUGCUCCCACAUUUUUUCCUGUUUCCUGGAUGGGAUCUUGGAAUGACCCAUGAAAACAUGAUUAUGAUCCUGGCGUUUAUGCUUCAGAAACUGCGUAUGCCAGACUCUGCCCUGGGAAUCAUCGUAGGGGAGUACUUUGGUGACACGAAGGACCCCGUGGGGAUCAGAGAUGCCUUCUUGGAGCUGAUGGGAGAUCUACUGAUUGUGAUCCCUGGGAUCCAGGGAGCCAGGGGGUGUAGAGAUUCUGGUUGCUUGAUCUACUACUAUGAGUUCCAGCAGCGCCCCUCCAUGUUCGCGUCCAGCAGGCCAGGCUUUGUGAAAGCAGACCACUUUGAUGAGGUUGGCUUUGUGUUUGGCGCCCCCUUUUGGACAGAUGACAUAGUGAUGUUAGAUAACACGACAGACGAGGAACGACAGCUUAGCAGGACCAUGAUGAAAUACUGGACUAACUUUGCCAGAACAGGUAACCCUAACGGAGAUAAUAUGUUUGAUUGGCCGACAUUCACCACAGAAGAAGAGUGUCUACUGAUCCAGGCAAACCUCGGGCUGGGCAGUGUCUCAGAGAAGAAGAGAGCCCAGUUCUGGACAGAAGACUUCCCCAAAGGACUGCAGACUGCUGGACACAAAGAUGCACACAAUGACCUUUAGAGCUGAAUGUUCACUGUGUCAAAUGCUGUUCUAGGAGUGUCCAUGUUGUUUCCCUCCACUCCUGUCACGUCCUGACCAUAGAGAGUCCUUAUUUUCUAUGGUAUAGGUCAGGGUGUGACUGGGGGGUUUGUCUAGUUUAUUAUUUCUAUGUGGGGUUCUAGGUUUGUUAUUCUAUGUUGGUGAUUGUGUAUGAUUCCCAAAUAGAGUUAGCUGGUAUCUUUGUCUCUUAUUGGGGAUCAUAUUUAGGUCGCUUUUUUCCACCUGUGUUUCUGGGAUAUUGUUUUGAGUUAGUGCAUGUAGCAUCUCUGUAGUCACGGUUCGUUGUUAAUUUAUUGUUUAUUUUUUUUGUCUUUGCUAAGUUUCACUUUCUAAUAAAUAAUGUGGAACUCAACAUCUGCUGCGCCUUGUUCGUUCGAAUAAAUGUCGUACCGUGACAGAAUAUCCCAUCAAACCAGAACCAAGCAGCGUGUUCACCAGGUGAAGGAUUUCUGGACAUUGGAAGGAGAUAAUGGAGGACAGCGACGACGACAGGGUUCGCGGCUACAGAAAGCCCAAGGACAACCCCAAGUUUUUUUUGGGGGGGGGGGGGGGGGGGGCACAUGGAGCUGGCGACUGAGCAGAGAGAAGAGCCAGAGACUGUCAGGGAGGCAAUGGCGAAGUUGGGAGAGAGUGAGAUGAGAGCUGUUGUGCAAGUGUGUUCUGCUCAACAUCCGACCAGAGGAUCCGGUUAGCAGUGUGGUGCAACCUGUGCCGGUUCCACGCUUCUAGCCUCAAGUGCCCCUCUCCAGUCCGGUACGUCAUGUGUCUCCUCAUAACUCUCCCUGAAGUGCGUGUCCCCAGUCCGGUACGUCCUGUGCCUGCUCCUCGCACUCUCCCUCAAGUGCGCCUUCCCUGUCCAGUACGUCCUGUGCCUGCUCCUCUCACUCUCCUUCAAGUUCGCCUUCCCAGUCCAGUACGUCCUGUGCCUGCUCCUCGCACUCUCCCUGAAGUGCGCCUUCCAGUACGUCCUGUGCCUGCUCCUCUCACUCUCACUGAAGUGCGUGUCCCCAGUCCAGUACGUCCUGUGCCUGCUCCUCUCACUCUCCUUCAAGUGCGCCUUCCCAGUCCGGUGCGUCCUGUGCCUGCUCCUCGCACUCUCCCUGAAGUGCGUGUUCCCAGUCCAGUACGUCCUGUGCCUGCUCCUCGCACUCUCCCUGAAGUGCGUGUUCCCAGUCCAGGACGUCCUGUGCCUGCUCCUCUCACUCUCCCUCAAGUGCGCCUUCCCAGUCGGGUGCGUCCUGUGCCUGCUCCCUGCACUCGCCCUGAAGUGCAUGUCACCAGUCCGGUGCCACCUGUACCGGUCCCCGGUCCGGAGCUUUCCCCGGCGACGGUCCCCGGUCCGGAGCUUUUCCCCGGCGACGGUCCCCGGUCCGGAGCUUUUCCCCGGCGACGGUCCCCGGUCCGGAGCUUUUCCCCGGCGACGGUCCCCGGUCCGGAGCUUUUCCCCGGCGACGGUCCCCGGUCCGGAGCUUUUCCCCGGCGACGGUCCCCGGUCCGGAGCUUUUCCCCGGCGACGGUCCCCGGUCCGGAGCUUUUCCCCGGCGACGGUCCGGAGCUUUUCCCCGGCGACGGUCCGGAGCUUUUCCCCGGCGACGGUCCGGAGCUUUUCCCCGGCGACGGUCCGGAGCUUUUCCCCGGCGACGGUCCGGAGCUUUUCCCCGGCGACGGUCCGGAGCUUUUCCCCGGCGACGGUGUUCAGCCCGGGUCCAUGGCUGGAUCCACGGGAUGAGCGGGUUCUUCGUCCUGCACCAGAGCCGCCACCGACACUAGACCCCCCCCUAACCCUCCCUUCAAGUUUUGCGGCCGGAGUCCGCACCUUUGGGGGGGGGGGGGGUGUACUGUCACGUCCUGACCAUAGAGUCCUUAUUUUCUAUGGUAGAGUAGGUCAGGGUGUGACUGGGGGGUUAGUCUAGUUUAUUAUUUCUAUGUGGAGUUCUAGGUUUGUUUUUCUAUGUUGGUGAUUGUGUAUGAUUCCCAAAUAGAGGCAGCUUGUAUCUUUGUCUCUAAUUGGGGAUCAUAUUUAGGUAGCUUUUUUCCACCUGUGUUUAUGGGAUAUUGUUUUGAGUUAGUGCAAGUAGCAUCUAUGUAGUCACGGUUUGUUGUUAGCAAAGACAAAAACAAAUAAACAAACUAAGUUACACUUUUUAAUAAAUAAUGUGGAACUCAA